AUAAAAAAUUAAAUGCCUGUGAUGUAUCAUGUAAUAAAGUUAUACAGUUUGGGCUGUUACAAGUAAUUCUAUAUAAUGAUUCCUCCUAGAUAUUUUCUGAUUAGCAUUCAUCAGCUGAAAGCAGAAGGAGGCAGCUGAUGAUUGUAAAAAAAAAAAAUGGCAAUAAUAAGAUACCUAAUGACCCCGAAAAUGAAGAGAAUUAUGCCUAAUUUAAAAACAAAGAAUGCUUUAUAUAGGAAACUAUGUAAAUAUAUAUUAGUACUCUUGUGUCAGUAAAGCUUCACAUUAUAAAUGUGUUCAUAUUAUAAUCCUGUCGGAAAAAAGUAUGGGAAGAAAGAAAAGUAAGGAAGCUGGUACAGUCAGCCAGGUGUGGUGUGUCAUAUCUGUAAUCCCAGCACUUUGGGAGACCGAGGCGGGUGGAUUACUUGAGGUCAGGAGUUCAAGACCAGCUUGACCAACAUGGUGAAACCCUAUCUCUACUAAAAAUACAAAAUUAGCCAGGUGUGGUGGUGCGUGCCUGUAAUCCCAGCUACUUGGGAGGCUGAAGCAGGAGAAUUGCUUGAACCUGGGAGGCGAAGCGAAGGUUGCAGUGAGCCGAGAUCGUGCUAUUGCACUCCUGCCUGGGCAACAAGAUCGAAACUCUGUCUCAAAAAAAAAAAAAAAAAAAAAAAAAAAAAAGUAGCUAGUACAGUCAGUUGCUAAAAAGAAAAAACUACUUUGUUUGAGCUGCUGAAGCUUUUUUUUUUUUUUUUAAGUUGGUGGAAAGAAAGAGGGAGGCUUAGUGGGUCAAAGGCACUGCUUCUGAAGCUCUUCAUCUCAUGUUUUCAUCUCCCUUUAGAAGCAUGUGCAAUUAUGGAUUAUUUACAGUAUUUGUAGAUUCAAAUAGCUACCAGUGAUUAUUUUUGGAAACAAACUAAAGGGAUUUAGUAUGUGAAAUUUUCUGAAUGAUAUUUUUUGCCAUUUUCCUAAUUUUAGAAAUAUUAUGAUUCAAAACUGCUUCAAAUAUGUGUAAUGGCUAUACUUUUUCAAUGGUUUGGUAGUAAAGCUUAGCAUUUAACUUUUCUUUACAAGGAAUGUGGGACCUAUCUACAUUCAUGAAUAUUUAUCAAAUAUAAUUUUAUUUUAAAUAUUUAUUUUUCUUGUGCUAGAGAAUAUUAUAUCUGAUUUUGAUUCAUUUUAAUACUAUUAUCUCUGAAAGUCAAAAUAUUUCCCUAUAAAAUAGGACUUUCUAGCCUUUCGUAUAAAAUUUAAAUAUUGCCUUUUCAUCCUUAAACAUAAUAUUCACUUGAAAAUCGUUAUUCUAAUGUAUCUUACAAACGUCUCAUUUCUGGUAAUGAGAAAUACACUUACCGUUCUAUAUUCACCUAAACCUCCGAAGAUUUUGGCAGUAACAUGGUUUUCUCUGAAAGGCAGUUCAACAUGGAGGAAAGAAUAGGACCUUCUACUCUUUAGAAAUAAUUUUUUCCAACUUUUAUUUUAGAACCAGGGAGUAGAGAUCAUUUUUAUAAUUAAUAAUACAUAAUAGUUAUAUAUGGGGUACAUGUGAUAUUUUGAUACAUGCAUACAAUGUGUAAUGAUCAAAUCAGGGAAAUUGGGACAUCUAUCAUCUCAAACGUUUAUGACUUAUUGUGUUGGUAGCAUUCUAACUUCUUUUCCAGUUAUUUUGAAAUAUACAGUAAAUUGUUAACUAUAAUCUCCCCACUACAACCACUAGAACUUACUCCUUCUAUUUGACUGCAUUUUUGUAACCAUUAUCCAGCUUCUUUUCAUUCCUUUUUCCCUACCCUUCCCAGCCUCUGAGAACAAUCAUUUUACUCACUACUUCGAUAAGAUCAACUUUUUUAACUCCCACAUGUGAGUGAGAGUAUGCAAUAUUUGUCUUUCUGUGCCUGGUUUAUUUCACUGAAUAUAAUGUCCUCCAGUUCCAGUCAUGUUGCUGCAAAUGUAAGAAUUUCAUUCUUUUUUAUAGUUGAAUAAUAUUUUAUUGUGUAUACAUAUUGCUUUUUUUCCCCACCUAUUCAUGUCUUGAUGGACACUUAGGUUGAUUCCAUAUCUUGGCUAUUGUGAAUAGUGUUGUAAUAACAUGGUAGUGCAUUUAUCUGUUUGACAUUGCUAAUUUCCUUUCUUUUGGAUAUAUACCCAGCAGUGGCAUUGCUAGAUCAUAUGAUAGUUAUAUUUUUAAAUUUUUGAGUAACUUCCAUACUGUUUUCCAUAAUGGCUAUUUUAGUUUUACAUUCCCCCAAUAGUGUAUGAGUGUUCUGUUUUCUCUGCAUCCUCACCAGCGUUUGUUACUUUUUGUCUUUUUGAUAAUAGCCAUAUUAACUAGGUAAGAUUGUAUCUCAUUAUAGUUUUGUAGUUUUGAUUUCGUUUGCCAGAUGCAAAAUGAGUAAUAUUUCAUAUACCUCUUGGCAAUUUGUAUGUCCUCCUGUGAGAAAUGUUGAUUCAGAUCUUUUGCUGACUUUUUAAUAGUUUUUUUCUGAUUAUUAAUCACUUGUAAGAUGGGUAGUUUGCAAAUAUUUUCCCAUUUUUUAGGUUGCCUGUUCACUGUAUUGAUUAUUUUCUUUGCUGUGCGGAAGCCUUUUAGCUUAAUAUCAUCCUGUUUGUCUAUUUUUGUUUUGUUGCCUGUGCUUUUGAGGUCUUACUCAAAUAGUCUUUGCCAAAACCAAUGUCCUGAAGCAUUUCCCCAGUGUUUUCUUGUAUUAGCUGCAUAGUUUCAGGUCUUACCUUUAAGUUUUUAAUCAACUUUAACUGGAUUUUUGUAUAUGGUGAGAGAUAGGAGUCUAGUUUUAUUUUUCUGCAUAUCGAUAUCCAGUUUUUCCAGCAGCAUUGAUGGAAGACACUGUCUUUUCAACAGUGUAUUUUCUUGGUGCCUUUCCUGAAUUUAGGUUGACUAUAAAUGUGUAGAUUUAUUCUGGGUUCUCUGUUCUGUUCCAUUGGUCUAUGUGUUUUUAUGCCAAUAUCAUGCUGUUUUGGUUACUAUAACUUUGUAGUAUAUUUGGAGUCAGGUAGAGGGGUGCCUCUAGCUUUGUUCUUUUUUCUUAGGAUUGCCUUAGCUAUUCAGCGUCUUUUGUAGUUCCAUAUGAAUUUUAGGGUUUUUUUUUCUAUUUAUUUGAGUGUCAUUGUUAUUUUGAAAGGGAAUGCAUUAAAUCUGUAUGUUGCUUUGGGUGAUAUUGUCCUUUUAACAAUAUUAAUUCUUCCAAUCCAUGAACAUGGCAUAUCUUUUUAAUGUGUUGUUUGGUUUGCUAGUAUUUUGUUAAGGAUUUUUGAGUCUAUGUUUCUCAGGGAUAUUCGCCUCCUAUAAUUUUUUUUGUUGUAUGUGUCCAUCUCUGCUUUUGGUAUCAAGAUAAUGCUGGCCUCAUAGAAUGAGUUUGGAAAUAUUCCCUCCUCUUAACUUUUUAAGAAUAGUUUUAGUAGAGUUGAUAUUAGUUCUUCUUUAAGUGUUUGACAGAAUUCAGCAGUGAAGCCAUCAAGUUCUGGGCAUGUCUUUGAUGGGAGACUUUUUAUUAUUGCUUCAAUCUCUUUACUCAUUAUUAGUCUGUUCAGAUUUUCUGUUUCUUCGUGGUUCAAUCUUGGUAGAUUGUAUGUGUCCAGGAAUUUAGCCAUUUUUUCUAGGUUUUCCAGUUUGUUGGCAUAUAUAUUUUUCACAAUAGUCUCCAAUGAUUCUUUGUAUUUCCAUGGAGUCAAUUGUAAUGUCUUUUUUUCAUCUUCGAUUUUAUUUAUUUGAGUCUGCUUUCUUUUUUGCUUAGUCUAGCUAAGGGUUUGUUGAUUUUGUUUAUCUUUUCAAAAAAUCGAGUUUUUGUUUUGUUGAUCUUUUUAUGUUUUUUAGAUCUCAACUUCUGCCCUGCUCUUUAUUAUUCCUUUCAUUCUACUAAUUUUGGGUUGGUUUGUUCUUGCUUUUAUAGUUUUUUGAGGUGUAUCAUUAGGUUAUUUAUUAGAAGUCUUUCUACUUCUUUGGUUAGGCAUUUAUUUCUAUAAGUUUCUGUGUUAUUAUUGCUUUUGCUGCAUCUCAUAGGUGUUGGUAUGUUGUGUUUCCAUUUUUAUUUGUUUAAGAACUUUUAAAAUUCUUCUCUUAAUUUCUUCAUUGACCCAUUGGUCAUUCAAGAGCAUAUUGUUCAAUUUCCAUGUAUUUGCACAGUUUCCAAAGCUCCUCUUGUGAUUUUUAGUUUUUUUCCAUUGCAGUAAGAUACUUGAUAUGCUAGUAAUCAUUUUUAUAAAAUCUGAAAUUAUUCUAAGACAUUUUCUGACCAGCAGCCAUCAGAAGAAAGAAGAGAGUGGGGUUUUUAUUUGUUUGAUUCUUGUAUUUUUGCUUAUUUAUGGUUCAGGGAGUACAUGUACAGGUUUGUUACAUGGGUAAAUUGUAUACAAAUGAUUUCAUCACCCAGGUAGUAAGCAUAGUGAGCGUAGUACCUAGUAGGUAGUUUUUCAGUCCUCUCACCCUCCACCUUCCCUGUGGAGUCAGGCCCAGUGUCUAUUGUUCUCCUCUUUGUGUCCAUGUGUACUCAGUGUUUAGCUCCCACUUAUAAGCGAGAAUAUGCAGUAUUUGGUUUUCUGUUUUUGCAUUAAUUUGCUUAAGAUAAUGGCCUCUAGCUGCAUCUGUGUUGCUGCAAAGGACAUGAUUUUGUUCUUUUUAUGGCUGCAUAGUACUUCAUGGUGUAUAUGUACCAUGUUUUCUUUAUUCAGUCCAUUGUUGAUAGGCAUCUGGAUUGAUCCAUGUGUUUGCUAUUGUGAAUAGCGCUGCAGUGAACAUAUGACUGCAUGUAUCUUUUUGGUAGAAUGAUUUCUAUUCUUUUGGGUUGAAUGGAAGUUCCGUUUUGUAUUUUUGAGACAUCGUCAAACUGCAUUUCACAGUGGCUGAACUAAUUUACAUUCCUACCAGCAUUGUAUAAGUGUUCCCUUUUUUCCACCACCUUGCCAACAUCUGUAAUUUUUUCACUUUUUAAUAACCAUUCUGACUGGUGUGAGAUGGUAUCUCAUUGUGGUUUUGAUUUGCGAUUUUUAGCCUUAAGAAUAAUAAUAACCUAUUUCAGUCCCAUUUUCACAAGUCUGUAAUUAUAGGCAAGUUAUACUUACUAUCUCUAGUAUCUGCUUUCUUCAUUUUGAAAAUGAUCAUGAUAAUACCUACUUCGUAGAGUUUUAAGAUUUUUAUAAAGGAAAAGUAUAUAAUGCACACAGCACAAUGCUUGGCAUAUAGAAAGUACUCAACAAAUGUUAGUUAUCUUCCAUUUUAUCUUAAUUUUCCUGGUGUAUUUUAAUUCUGACAUAAUUUGUAAAUUAGUUCUAAGUCACUUUUAAGAAAAGUUCUGAUCCCAUAAGAAGUUUAAAAUAGUGGAUGUUUGUUUGUAGUAAGUCAAAAUAAUCAGAAAUGUUUUUAAUGUCCAUCAAAUAUUUGAUUAAAUUAAUUUGCAUUGUUCUAAUUUAGGUAUGUGUAGCUCAAGCACUUAGAACAAAUUUCUUUGACCAUUUGACCUUUUUUUCAUACUAGGAUAAAAAGUGGAUAAGCAAUGUUUCUAUUUAUUCUAAUUUCUAUGCUCUUUUGAGAUCAUAUUUGACCUUCAGUAUUGCCCUGAAUAGAUUUUGGUACAGUAGUGUUAGUUCUAUUGCUUUGUUUGUACAGUUAAAUACAUCAAACUCAGGAAUUUUUUGUGGGGGUGGUGGGGAUUGGAGAGAUUAGUAAAUGAUUUCUAAGUUCUGUUAAUUAAAAUAUAACUAUGUAUUUUAGAGAGAAGUUAGUAGUCAUAUCACUUUAGUUCAUGAAGACUUGGCAGAUUUUUAAUAAUUAAUAAGUUUUUUCUGCCAAUGAGCAUUAGAUUACUGCUGACUUUUUAGUGUCAUAGUACCUUGUAGUAGUUUCUUUACAGGGUUUACAGGAGUAUGGCAGUUUAUUUUUUCUGUGCUGUCCAUAGGAAAUAAUCUUUUCAAAUGCUAUAAGGAGAAUACCUUGAGAAGUUCAUAAAUGCCUUAAUAUAUUAUAAAGAUCGGUCAGUUCCAUUGUCUUCUUUUGUCAGUCUUGAUCGGAGCUUGCCGAGUAAGUCUAUAAGCCUGCAUGUGCCUGGCAACUGUUACCUAGUGACAGUUUCAGCUGCAGUAGCCAUUGGCUGUGCUGUUGAUUGGGGCAGGAGGGCCGAGUCACCUUUCUGAUGGUGAGUUUUUCUGCAUCAGCCCAGGAUGAGGAGGAGGAGGAGGAGGGCUUGGGCUCAGGUGGAGGCAUUGAUGCUGAGAGAUUGUGAAGAAUAUACUGACAGCAUCCUUGUAGCUGCAUCACAGUAAAUCGGACUUCUGAAUCAAGCAGCCCAGCCUAGCAGCUGAUAAGAGUGAAUGUAGGUGAGAAGCAUUACCUUAUUCCUAUAACAAGAGAACUAUUUUGUGAUAAGUGAAACUAGGAAUGUACAAGAAGAAAUAUCCUAUGGCUAUUAUAACAGAAGAAGGACUUGCCUGAAUGACUUGGUGGUGCACCAGAAAAUAACUUUCAGAAGAAUGCUUUCUGUUAAGCUGCUGCAUUGUUCCUGGAGGAAAUGUUAUUUCUAAUGCAUGUUAUUUCUUCAAAAGAUAGGAUAACAAUGACAAGAGACUCUCUGAAAUGACUUCACUUUUAAAAAAUACUUUGGCAAAUGUUAACCUGAUAUCAAAAUGACCUUGGAAGCAUUUUGGAUGGAUUCUAUCCUGGCAGCCUUGCAAUAUUUCAAACUCUAGGAUUUAAACUCAUCUUGAUACUUUAGAGGUAUUUUAAAAUAAGACUAUCUUGCAACCAACCUAAUGGCCCCUGUGUUAAUUGAGCACUUGCUCAAAAUAGAAUACAGAAAUAGAAGAGGCAUUUUUUAACAUAUGGCUGCUACAUAACUGCAAAUGUAAUAAACAAGCUUACCCCCUUCUCUCCACCUCUUACCGUCCCCCCCCCACCCCCCGCCCGAAAGCUGAGGUGUGUCACUGCUGAACUGAGGCUGAUGAAGAGACUUGAGCACUCUCUGGGACUCUCAGCUGUGACAGAAGCACUGACACUGUCUACUGAAGCAGGUUCUGAAACACUCAUGUGCGGUGUUUAACAGAUGCUGGGCAGGGCACCUGCUUGCUGUAGCCAAGUCUGCAGGUAUCUUUAAAUUUCCAAGCCAUGAAUGAAUCCAGGUGGACUGAAUGGAGGAUCCUGAACAUGAGCAGUGGCAUUGUGAAUGUGUCCGAGCGUCACUCCUGCCCACUUGGAUUUGGCCACUACAGUGUGGUGGAUGUCUGCAUCUUCGAGACAGUGGUUAUUGUGUUGCUGACAUUUCUGAUCAUUGCUGGGAAUCUAACAGUUAUCUUUGUCUUUCAUUGUGCUCCACUGUUACAUCAUUAUACUACCAGCUAUUUCAUUCAGACGAUGGCAUAUGCUGAUCUUUUCGUUGGAGUUAGCUGCUUGGUUCCUACUCUCUCACUUCUCCACUACUCCACAGGUGUCCACGAGUCAUUGACUUGCCAGGUUUUUGGAUAUAUCAUCUCAGUUCUAAAAAGUGUUUCUAUGGCAUGUCUUGCUUGCAUCAGUGUGGAUCGUUAUCUUGCAAUAACCAAGCCUCUUUCCUACAAUCAACUGGUCACCCCUUGUCGCUUGAGAAUUUGCAUUAUUUUGAUCUGGAUCUACUCCUGCUUAAUUUUCUUGCCUUCCUUUUUUGGCUGGGGGAAACCUGGUUACCAUGGUGACAUUUUUGAAUGGUGUGCCACCUCUUGGCUCACCAGUGCCUAUUUUACUGGCUUUAUUGUUUGUUUACUUUAUGCUCCUGCUGCCUUUGUUGUCUGCUUCACUUACUUCCACAUUUUCAAAAUUUGCCGUCAGCACACCAAAGAGAUAAAUGACCGAAGAGCCCGAUUCCCUAGUCAUGAGGUAGAUUCUUCCAGAGAGACUGGACACAGCCCUGACCGUCGCUACGCCAUGGUUUUGUUUAGGAUAACCAGUGUAUUUUAUAUGCUGUGGCUCCCCUAUAUAAUUUACUUUCUUCUGGAAAGCUCCCGGGUCUUGGACAAUCCAACUCUGUCCUUCUUAACAACCUGGCUUGCAAUAAGUAAUAGUUUUUGUAACUGUGUAAUAUACAGCCUCUCCAACAGUGUUUUCCGGCUAGGCCUCCGAAGACUGUCUGAGACAAUGUGCACAUCCUGUAUGUGUGUGAAGGAUCAGGAAGCACAAGAACCCAAACCUAGGAAACGGGCUAAUUCUUGCUCCAUUUGAAGAGAGCUACAUAGUAAAUCAAAUGUAAUCUGACAGUGGUUUUGGAUCAUAUUCUAGAUUCAUCUGGAAAUUUGCCAUCAGAGAAAUAUUUACUUGAAUAGUUGACUAUAAAAUGAAGUAUGAGACUAAAAGUUUCUCUUUUUUUUUUCUUUUUCAUGGAAGAAACUAAAGGGAAGGAUGUAUAGAGGGUUAUCUCAUGAAAUAAUUAUAGCAUGUGAGUAUUAGUGUGCAGUAACAGGAAAAAUUAAGCACUGAGAUAAAAAAGAAUAUCUCAAAUCUUCUGCAGGACAUGAGCAAGCCCCUCGGCUCGGCGUUUCUGUCUUUCUGUCUGACUGUACCCUGCCUCUGUCUUUCUCAUUUUGUCCAUGUUUCUCUCACUCUUUGUGGAAGUUAUUACUUACAUAAACUGCCCUUUGUAGAAAAGUGCUACAUAUUAUAUAUGUGGCAAAGUAUAAUCUUUUGCAUCAAAGUGUACCUUUAAUCACACUAAUCUAUAAUCCAUAGGUGAUCUCUUCAUGGAGGAUGCACAGUAAGCAUUGCAUUUUAUUAUUUGCCAAACAACCCCUUUGCUUGCGUUUUUAUAAUCUUCUCUGCAGCACAAUUUUUCUGCUACAAACAAAUAGAAACAGUAUUUUUGUUUCUUCUGGGUAAAAUGACAUUUGCUUUUCCCCGGUUUCCUAACAGUCUCCUGCUUUUUUUGUCUCUUUUUCUUGAUCUGCAUCCAUUGGUACCUUACUUUAGAAGUGUCUUAGCUAUUGAAAGAAUCUACUGUAUAGAGCAUCCAUAAUGUUAAAUAAUGUAUUUCUUCCAGCAAAGCAAUCUGGUAGCUUAUUAAAUAUUUUUAAUGGCUUUUGGAAACAUUUUUAUCUGGUUCCUUUUAAAUUAGUUCAUGUGCUUAAAAGUGAUGUCUUUUUUUGCUAUAGUAAAGCUUUGUUUUUCUUUAAGAAAACCCACUAGUAAUUGUAAUGCAGAUGCAGGGUACUCACCCAGCAGUGAGGUAUUACUCGUAAGGGUUCUUAGAAUGCCCUUUUUAAAAAUAAGUAAAUAAAAUAAAACAUGAAUCUUUUUUGUGUUAGGUCUACAAUAGUUUACUGUUGUGUCCACCAGUUAGUCAUUUGUGUGAUAUGCGUUUGCACAUACUAUAUUUUCAACAGCAAAGAAAAUAUAAAUUAUGUUAUCUGUGCCUAAUGUUUUCUUAGCAAAAUAUAUAGAUCAAUGUUGUUUAAGUUGUCAACAUUGGAAAAAAUAUAUACAAAAACUUAUUUUAAGAGAGAAAUACUUUUGUGUAAUUGUUAUUUAGAUAUUUAUAUUAGACAAAGCUGCAUUUUUAGUGCUGCUGAGAAUAUAAUAUACUUAAUUAUCAAAUACAGAUAAGAGCUGACAGUAUUUUCUUUUGUAAUGAUCUGUUUUCAAAUGCAGAGAUCAACUUAUUUUUUUGCGCGCUACAUGGGAUUGUGUGAUAAAUUGUCAGGGGUUUAGAUGUAGCAAAGUAGCAUUUGGGGAAUUAGUGAAGCAGGUAUGGGCAGUAAAACAUCUAAAUAUUACUUUUUUACCAUAAGUUUCUUGCCUGAAAGAUAUUUUAAAAUUUAUAUCAAACUACUGAGUAUUUUUCUUCUCAGCAUUUUUGAUUUCUUUGUUUUAUGAAAUGCAUUUAAUAAAAUGUGCCUAUGACUCUUCAAAUUAGAAGCCAACCAUGUUUGCACCCUGGUGGUUUGGCUUCAAAAGUCUUUUAGUAGAAAUGUUGUCAUUUUAUUGAGGUUGUUCUGAACCCCUGUAUAUUUUUAAACAUGUAAGAAAGAUUUAAAAUAAAGAAUAAAAUAAUAUUCUAUAUAUCAAAAUGAGACUUCGCCUCAGUUUAAUAAAAUGCUUAGGACAAGAGUUUACUUUUUUGGGAAUCAAAAUCUAAUUGUUUUAUACUUCUGUAGCUUGGGUUUGUAUUUAUUCUUGUCGCCUGUUUGCCAGUGGCAUCUUGGUUUAAAUGUGCCUUUUAAAUUCAGACUAGUUCAAGAAAAACAAAGUUCAAGGAAAUGUACUGCUAACAUUUCAGAUAUCACAUAUAAGACUUCAAAAUUAUACGUAUUAUUUGGGAAUCGUAUUUUUAUUUCUUUGAGGUAUAAAUAUAGUUAGAAAGGACCCAGUGGAUUCUGUGUACAGAAAGCCUGAGGCCAUGCUUACUGCAUUUUCCCCUUCUGGGUUUUCCCCAUAGUAAUUAAUAACAGUUAUAUGCCAGGCUCACUGUUCAGUUUUACAUGUGUUAUACCUUUAAUCCUCACUACAACCUUUUGAGAUAAUAGUUAUUAUUUCCACUCCAGAGAUAAGGAAACGAAAGAAAAAUGAUUAUUCGUCAGUUAACUAGUCAAUGGCAGAGGUUCCCGCCCAUCCAGUAGGCCUGGGCCAAAGCCUGUCUGCUUCACCAGUAGGCUGCACUGCUUUCACUUCAAAAGCCUUUAAAUUUUUAUACCUCUGUCUGUACCUUUUCCUUACAGUAUUUCUCUGAGUUUUAUUUAUUUUUUUCUCAUCGUAAGACUUUUGCUUGAGUUCUUUUCUUGUGAUGUCUUUUUCUUUGAUCUUACAAGUUUCUUUUAUUAAAACAGCAAUCUGAUAAGCUCAAACUUACCAGUUUAGUCUGUAAUGAAACUGAAAUUGUUGAUAUUACUUUGGUUUACUUUUGUUAUUUCCCUUGAAUACCUUUUUGAAAUCUCUAUCAAUUUCUUUUUGGAAAAAAAUUGUUUUGAAGAGGAAGAGUAGAAAAGAAAGGCUUUAUCAUAGGCUGAAAGAGGCUGAAUGAGGCAAAUUCUAAGUUUAGUUUUAUUUACUAUAGUAUUUUAUACACAACUCUAGGGCAAACCACUUAACUUCCUUUUGUCAUAUUUUAAUGUGUUUAUAUAAUAAGCUAAUCCUUAUUUUGAAACCUCUUUUUAGAUAAUAUGUUUUAAGAAUAGGAAGCAUAAUCAUUUUUCUCAUCAUUAUAUUAUAUUUUGUGGUAAUUAUCCAGUUUCGCUAUAAAAGACAGCCAAAAAACAAUGCAUUCUGUAUUCUCUUUCCUAAGGGUUCUAUUAUUUGCAUAGUUGUUUCUAGAGUUAUAGAGUGUUGGAAAGCUUCAUAAUUUACACUGUUAGUAUAUGAAACUUGGGCUGAGAUCCAGGCCCUCGUAAACUGCUUGGCCUUAGGUAAGAUACGAAAUGCUCUAAAACCUUAGUUUUGGCAUUGAUUAAAAAAUAUUAAGUCAGAGACUUGUAGCUCCCUGUUCAGCUGAAUUUGAGGACUAAAUGAAAUUUUGUAGUCUGUGUGCCCAGCAUAGCUCCUGGCACAUAAAAAAUGUUCGUAAUAUGGUAGCUGCUGUUUUUGUUUGUUUGUUUUGAGGUGGAGUCUUGCUCUGUCACUCAGGCUGGAGUGCAGUGGCACUAUCUCGGCUCACUGCAAGCUCCACCUCCUGGGUUCAUGUCAUUCUCCUGCCUCAGCCUCCCGAGUAGCUGGGACUACAGGCAGCUGCCACCACGUCCGGCUAAUUUUUUGUAUUUUUAGUAGAGCCGGGGUUUUGCCGUGUUAGCCAGGAUGGUCUUGAUCUCCUGACCUCGUGAUCUGCCCGCCUUGGCCUCCUGAAGUGCUGGGAUUACAGGUGUGAGCCACUGCACCCGGCCGGUAGCUGCUGUUUUAUUAUCUUUGUGGGUGCCAUAUUUAUUAACAUCACAACUUAAAGGUCACUAAUCCCAAUUCAAACAGAAAUAAACCAUUGAGCAUUAGGGUUUUCUAAGAUAGCAUUUCUUUUUGCAAAUCUAUUUAAACUCAAAUUUUGGGGUUAAACUCAGAUAUUUCAAGUAUAUUUCUGAAAGCUCGUUUCCCAGGAAUAGUUAUUCAUGAAGACAUCAUUUGAGAUUAAAGAUAUCCAGCAAGCAGAUGUUGAGAUGAGACAGUCAGACAUGAUUCUGAGAUUAACUUACCUCUUACUUUAUUAAACUAAAUAUGCUUAAACAUUUUAUUCUCAUUAGGGAAGUAAUAAUAGGAAGGAUUGUCCAGGGAUGUCUUGUCAUUUGUCUUUGCACUUUAAUUUUCCUCAUUUAUUAAAAUGGGAUUUGAAGUAUUUUGUCAUAUAUCUAUUUCUUGGGAGAAACAAUGAUUAAUAAGCUGAUUUGCUCCGUAGAUAACAUAAAUUAUGUGAAUUUAAAGAUAAAUGAAGUUGCCUUAAAGGACCUUUCCUCUUUUUCUCCCCACGCUAGAAGGUAAUCAUUAGAUGUGAAAAAGAUACAAUUACAUAAUAAGUAGAUAAAAAAGAUUUAGAUGUGAGAAAUCUGCUGGUGUAACAUUCUGAGCAUAGAUAGCAUGAUGUAUGUGUAGGUAGGGCCAUUUUGGUGCAUAGGAGCAUGUAUGUGUUACUGAGUCAGUGCUAUACUCUGACGUGUAGGUUCCAAAAGAUUCUCUUUUCCUUGAGCAGAAAUUAAUUUUAUUUUAGGCUAAGGGGGAUAUGUAGAAAGUGGUAAUCCUGUAACCAAAUACAUAGAUAUUGAGGAAAACAAAAUGGCUAGAAUAGAGAAAACAGUUCCCAUUUCAUGAUUUCUCAUAAAUGGAAGUUUGAUUCAGUGCUAGUCUUGCUCUGUAUUUUAAAAUACUUAUAACUGUUUUCAAUAGUGAAAGUGUUUUUUUAAAAUAUUAACAUGAUGGAAUUAAGGUUUUUCUUCAUGACUAUUUUGUUUUAAUUUUUUACAAUGAGCAUUGGUAAAAAUUUCUUUUAUAAUCAGGAAAAUUAAUAUUUGGUUAAAAAGAAUGCUGAAGGCUGGGUGCAAUGGCUCACACCUGUAAUCCCAGCACUUUGGGAGGCCAAGGUGGGCAGAUCACGAGGUCAGGAGAUCAAAGCCAUCCUGGCCAAAAUGGUGAAAUCCCAUCUCUACUAAAAAUACAAAAAUUAGCUGGGUAUGAUGAUGUGCACCUGUAGUCCCAGCCACUCGGGAGGCUGAGGCAGGAGAAUUGCUUGAACCCGGGAGGUGGAGGUUGCAGUGAGCCGAGAUCGCACCACUGCACUCCAGCCUGGUGACAGAGUGAGGCUCCAUUUCAAAAAAAAAAAAAAAAAAAAAAAAGAAGAAUGCUGAAUAUUUAAAAAAUAUUUUAACAUUUCACAAAACAGCUUAUGUUGAUACUACAAAUAACACUAUCCAAUAAUGUCUCAAUAUUGUCUUAUAAAGAUAAGUUAUAUAGUUUUUCUGAGUUCUGUCAUUAUUAUUAUUUCAGGUAGAUUUUUCCGAUAAACUUGACAACCUUCUACUUGCAAUAGUAGAUGUUCUUGACUUAUUUUUGCUUUAAUGUAAACAGUUUGAGGUAUUACUUGAUGGAUCUGAAAUGGAUCUCAAUCACUGUAGGAUUUUUUUUUUUUUUUUUUUGAGACAGAGUCUCGCUCUGUUGCCCAAGCUGGAGUGCAGUGGUGCUAUCUCCACUCACUGCAAGCUCGCCUCCCAGGUUCACGCCGUUCUCCUGUCCCAGCCUCCCGAGUAGCUGGGACUACAGGCGCCCGCCACCACUCCCAGCUAAUUUUUUGUAUUUUUAGUAGAGACGAGGUUCCACCUUGUUAGUCAGGAUGGUCUCGAUCUCCUGACCUCCUCGUGUUCUACCCACCUCAGCCUUCCAAAGUGCUGGGAUGACAGGCAUGAGCGACUGCCCCGGCCCACUGUAGGAUUUUUAAAUGCAUCAUUGAUGGCACCUUUCUGCAUUUUUCACAUCUUUAAACAACAAAAAGAUGGCCCUGCAUUAGGAAAUAGGCUCCAGCUGGUACAUUACCUGCAUUUCCUACAUAGGCAGAAUUCUCCAAAGAACAUAUUUAUGCUUUUUAAUGGUAACUUUUAUUCUGCUUUUAUAUAUGACUUUCUACAAAGGUGAAGAAAAUAACAGUAAUAAAUUUAGCAGGAGUCUGUUAUGUCUGAUAAAUAUUUAACAUGAAAGGCACAUAUCACCUUCAUUAUAGUAAAUGGAGCCAAAUUAGUUUUUGAGAUUCUAAAAUUCUAAGGUUUAAGGUGAUAAAUAUCAAGAAACAUAGUACAUAAUAGUAGAAUUCAUGAAAUGAAAAUAAUUUGCAAAAUUUUGAAAACUUCCAAAAAUGAUACUUUAUACAAAAGAAAUACCUAUCAUUGACUUAAACAUUUGACCCCAGUUUUAUUUUAUUUUCUACUUAAGCAAUUGUAAGUAAGGUUGAUGCCAGUUAAAAAUGGCAAAAUAUUUAUUAUAAAUUCAAUUAUUUUAAUUGCAAAGCACAAACAAGGUACAGAGUUGUAUGACCUGUUCUUUAGAUUUUUAAAUUUAUUUUUGGAUAAAAUGUGGACUGUAGCAAGAGAUGUGCAGUAAUUUUGUCUGAGAUUAUACAUGACACAAAGAAUGUUUAUGUACAUACUCUGUAAACUAUAGCUUUAAGAUGUUCACUUAUGUUCUUAAUAGAAUUCUAAGUUUAAUAUAAUUAUUAGUAGAUGGCAUAUUUUUACACAAAUAACCUCUUCACAAUUAUUCAUUUACUUUUUCAGGAAUUUUAUAAUUAAAAAUGCUAAAUUGGUAAGAAAUUAUUGGAAAACACUGCAAGUUGAAAUUUGGAAACACUUAUAAUGCUUUUGAACAUAUGUAAUGCUCUUGACAUUAUUAACGAGGUCUAUUCUAAAAGCUUCUGUGAGUAAACACUAUCUCAUUUCACAUAUAGGAAUCUGAGAUAAGAUUUUUAAGUGACCCUAACAAGAUCAUGUCGUUUGACAAAGAUACUACUGACCACAUGUCUUGUGCGACAAUAAUAUUGCCUGUGAUAAAGUUCUUGAAUAAUGUAUUUAUAGAUGGCUGGUAAUAGAGUGACCUGAUAUUUCUUUCUUGAGAAGAAAAUGAAGACUUACUUAUUUGAUAUAGAAGAAAUUCUAAGUGAAAUUUUUUCUUUUCAUUCGUGACAUAGGAAAAAUUAUUUUAAAGUUAACUUUAUGUUAGAGGUGUGAUUUUUGAGAUCAUAGAAAUUUUUAAUAAGAUGUAUUAUCAGCCUUGAUCAGUGUUUUAAUAUUUCUUUAAACAGUUUUUUUAUCUAUAGAGGGUAAUAAAAAAUUUACCUCUCCUUUUGAAAACACAGCAGUCAUCUACUGAAUAUAUUGAGAUAUGUAGAAUAAAUUGAACAGUGUUUGCUGUGUAUUCUAAAAACUAUAACCUUAAUGAUGAAGACAUCAAAAUCACAUUAUAUUCAUGUACCUACUUUUGGAAAGUACUAAUUUCAUAGUCAUGUACUUUAUGUUUUGAAUUUUUUUGUAAUAGAUUUGCCAUGUUGUUGAGUCAUCAUAGGUUGGAUUUUUCUCAAUCAUUAUGAUGGACAAGAUUUUGACGUUUCAGGCUAUAGUGCUUUUGUAUGUUUGUAAUCUGUAAAAUAUCAGUCAGGAAAUCAGUGAUUAGUUUGAAUUAGUGAUAUAUUAAAUAAAACCUUUUAAAUAAGUAAUUCAGUUUUAUUUCAAUGAAAUAAAUAUAGUUACAGAAAAAUUAAAGGAACUCAAAUUAGGCAAAUACAAAAUUGCCUUGUAAGUGUCCUUAGAGGAAAUCUUUCUUUAAGUCAUUUCUAGUGUCUGUAUCAGUUGAAUAAAAAUGAGUUCCACUGAGUUAUUUGAAAAGUUUAUUCUCUUAAAUAUGUAAAAUUUCCAUAACAAUUUAUGCCACUCAUUUAAAGAGUUUGUAGGAUGAAUCAUUGCAGAGUCCAAAUUUGGAUUUUAAUCUGAAUUAACCAGAUAUUUUUGCAUUUCAAAUCAAUAAAUUAGGUCAAUAAAUAUUUAUUGAUUAUGCUAUGUUAAGGGCAUAAAUUGUGGUUCUAUAAUAUUCCUGGACUCUUAAGAGUAACUCAUUGAAUUGUGUGACUCCAAUAAGCAGGAAAAUGAAUUUCUAGAAUUUGAGGGAGAGAUUGCAGAAAAGUCAUAGGAACUAUGCAGUACAUUGUAGCAUUAGAGGGAUUAAUGCAUUUUAGAAUAUGAAUUGGCUUCAAUAUUUAGCCAUGUGUUUGGAUGCUAUAGUUCUAAAGGAUACCACAGGAUAUUUGAGAAGUUAUUAAAGUGAAAGGAGAGGAAAUGUUCAAUGUUGAGAUUAGUACAAAAGUGUUGUGGGGAGAAUACACAAUAACUUUGGAAUGCAGUAUAAGAAAAAGAAAAUAUUCUUUAUGUGGAUUAUAUCUGAUUAGAGUAAAAUCAUCACUUUAGGUAUAAAUUAUAAGCUUUGAGAUUGGGACAAGAAUAUUAACAUGGGUAGAAGUAGCUUGAGGGAUUGCACAUAGGACAUGUUCUACCAACUCAGGCAUCAUCUUCUUUUUUUUUUUUUUUUUUUUUUUUUUUGAGAUGGAGUCUUGCUUUGUCACCCAGGCUGGAGAGUGAUCACCAGAGUGUCACCCAGGCAGUGGAGUGAUCUUGGCACACUGCAAUGUCCACCUCCCGGGUUCAAGUGAUUCUCCUGCCUCAGCCUCCCAAGUAGCUGAGACUACAGGUGUGUGCCACCAUGCGCAGCUAAUUUUUGUAUUUGUAGUAGAGACAGGGUUUGACCAUGUUGGCCAGGCUGGUCUCAAACUCCUGAACUCACAUGAUCCACCUGCCCUGGUCUUCCAGUGAUGGGACUACAGGUGUGAGCCACCAUGCCUGGCAUUAGGCAUCUUCUUAGACCACUUUUUCUAGAGUUGUUUUCCUAAUAUUUGUCUCGUGAUUACAAGUGAAUGUCACCAUAUGCAGGCUAUUAUGACAGGCAGGUUUUAACUUCUCUGUCAAUUAAGUUAAUCAUAAGAUGUAGGCCUAAUAUUUUUUGAAUAAUAGAAUCACUCAUUCUUUCAUUGAAGUAUUUAUCAGGUUGCUAUUGUGUGCUAGGGACUCUUCUUAAUUCUGUGUAAGAUAAGGAGGUUUCUAAGUAAAACAGAUUUUCAGUUCUCCAAGAGCACUUAGACUACAAGGGGCUAUAUGGACUUUAUAUGGAUAACUAUAGGGCAAGAUAGGAGCUGACAAAUUACAGUCCACUGACUAUUGUAGAUAUAAUUUCACUGGACCAUAGCAGCACUCAUUCAUUUAUGUAUUACCCAUGGGUGCUUUUGUGCUACAAUGGUAGAGAGUAGUUGUCAUGGAGAUGUUAUGUUCUACAAAACCUAAGUAUUUACUGCCUGGCUGUUUACAGAAAAAAAUUUGCUGACGCCUGGUAUGAGACAUUAUAAUGCCCUUUGUAUGCUACUCACAAUAGAAUGUUGUGCUUUUAUGUUUGCUAAAGGAUCUCAUACGAAGGAGUGAUUUCAACCUGAUUCAGUCAGGCAUCAGGAAAAUUUCUAGCAUAUGAGUAAGGACCUAGAUAUUGAUUCCUCCUCUAUGAUUCCAGUGGUUUGUCAACUAUAUACCUGUCUGUAAAUGAAACACAAAUCUACUUUUUCUAAUUAGUUCUUACUAUUAUAUAGUUAAUCUACAUUACUUAUAUUUAGAUUUUUCCUACUCAGGUAAAGUUCUUUGCAUAUCAAACUUAGUGUCUAGUUUCUUUAUUUAACUACUAAUAUGGCAUAAUCGUAUUUUACUUUUAAGCAUGGAGUCAGUAAUAAUUAACAUUGGAUGUAGUCUUCAAACUUCAGAAGCAUUUGUUAAACUUCUCAUCAAUAAAUGAUAAUCUCAUAGUCUAAAAGAGUUGAUUUACUUAUAAGUAAGCAUGCCUCUUUUGUAGUACUCCAAUAGGCAGUAAAACAAAAAACUAAAAAACAGAAGAUCUAGCUGUAUAAGAGUUAAAUUUACAUGCAACUCUAAAACAUAUAUGACUUAAGAAAAUUUAUAAUUCAGCACCAAUCUAUGACAUUAUUAAUAGGCUCUUGGUAAUAUAUAAGUUAGAAAAUAAAUGGUUAUAGUCAUACACUUAGCUAAGAUGUAUUGCAGUGCUAGGAGUUUUAUGUUUUUUGUCAUUGUCAACUAAUGAAUGAAAAUACAAAGCAAUUUUAAAGAGCCACAAUUUAUAUUUACACAAAAUUAAGCGGUUUGAAAAAUCUUGAUGAUUCAGCUAAUCACAGGUAUUUGAUACAUUAUUUAAUAAUAUUUGCCUUGGCAGUACUAGUGUUUUAAACUAUUAAUAAUCCAUUGGGAAGUUUUGGUUUUCUUCAAGUUUAGUAAAUCAGUAAGAAAACGAAUAAAUGAUCUUGAUGGUUUUGUUAAAAAUACAGUUCACGGAGUCUGUUAGAAUAAAAGGAAACACUUACACAGUUGUCCCUCAUUAUCUGUGUGGGAUUGGUUCCAGGAUGCCCCAAGGAUACCAAAAUCCACAGAUGCUCAAGUCCCUUUUAUAAAAUAGCAUACUAUAACCUACACACACCCUCCCAUAUACUUUAAAUUAUCUCUGAGUUACUUACAAUAUCUAAUACAAUGUAAAUGCAAUAUAAUUAGUUGUAUUGUUUAGGGAAUAGUGACAAGAAAUGUACAAAUACAUUUCAAGUACAUGUACAAGUCUGUAUGUGUUGAAAACAGAUGCAGCCAUCCAUUUUUUUUCCCCUGAGUAUUUUCAAGCAGUGGUUGGUUGAAUCGAUGGAUGUGAAACUUAUGAAUAUGGAGGACUGACUGUAUGUGCUUUUAUGCUUUCAGUACUGUUUAAAGUCACUGAGAUAGUAGAGCCAUCAUUAGAACCCAUAUAGUCAGAGUGAAUACCUUAAUAAUGUUUAUUGUAUGUUUUCCCAAACAAAUGAAUAGAAUAAUUUUAGGUAAAAUUGUGUAUUAAAAGAUUGUAAAUGGUUAGGUUUCCAUUAGUUUGAUUUUGAGAGAAAGAUUUCAGAGAAUCAUUAGGUCCUUCUGCCUUUUUCAGAACAGUCAACGGACUGAAGGGUCUUAAGAAAAGACCUCAGGGAUUUCUUAUAGAGAUAAUUUGAGUGACAAGGUAUUGUUUCCACUUUUUUAUAUGCCCACCAGCUUGCCCUUCCGUAAUUGGCACCUUUUAAUUUCUGACAAUGUUGUAAAAGGUGAGUUAUAGCAAAUCACUAUUAACUUAUCUCAAAUGUUUCUAAUCUCAUCCCUUCCUCAUAAUUAACUUCCUUUUUUUCCUCCUCAUUCAUUUUAGUUAUUUUUAUUUUUAAUUGUCAAAGAAAUAGUUGCUCAUAAAGGAAAUUUAGGGAAUGUUUAAAAUGAUAAAAAAGAGACUAAAUUACGCAUAGUUCUCUUACCCAAAUAUAAUUAGGUGUGAUGAUAAUGACUGUUGAUUUUGGUUUUCUUUUCUUCCAUUUCCCCCCUAUGGAUUAGGGCUUUUUCUAAAGGAUUUUUAAAUAUGGGUAUUUAUAACUUAAACAUUUUUCCAUAUUAUUGCAUAUUGUUUAUGAAUAUUUCUGUAAAUAAGGCUUUUCCACAUUUAGUAUUAUUUUCUUACAAUUUUUAAGGAAGAAAUACUGAAGCAAACAGUAUGAAGGUAUUUUAAGAUUAUUUAUGUAUAUUACCAAAUUGGUUUCCCAAAGGAGUGAUCAGUUUAUCUUCACACUAAUAAUGUAUCAAACUAUGAUGAUUCAUUGCAAACUUGCUAGCAGCAAUUCUACAUUAAUAAAUAAAGGAAUUUGAUUUUUUACUUAUUUUUUCCCAGCCCCUAUACGGAAUUUGUUUAGUUCUUUGCAAUUUUUUUUUCUUCCCUACGCUAAAACAGAUAGAUAGGUAGGUAGGUGGGUAGGUAGGUAGAUGGAUGGACGGACUGAUGGAUGGAUGGAUGGAUGGAUGAACUAGGAUGGAUCUGCUGAGCCUCGUUUAAACCAAAUUAUCUCAAAUUCUUUAUUUCAGAAGUCUUUAACUCAGAUAAUCUUCUCACUAUUGUUAUCUCACCAUUUACUCUGUGCUGCUGCUGCUUUGUUGUUUAAGGCCAUGCAUUGUUUUAAGAACACUGAAUUCUGUCAAUGCUGUUCUCCCAUUAUUACUGCUAUCUUCAGCAUUGUCUAUUUCAUUGUAUCUUGUAUGUGCCACACAACCACCUAGAUAUUGUGUUUGAGAAAGGCUUCGAAAUUUUCUUCUAUUGUAUUCUUCUGCCUUUGUUGCAGUGAUAUCUCUACUCGCCUUUCAAGGUAGGGGAGGAUAUUUUCCUAAGCAGAAAAUUUUGAGGCCUGUGUCCUUGGAGAGUUUGUGAAUAUCAAGAUUUCAGUAGUUAAGCACUGACCCCAGGCCUGGUAUUGAUACUUAGGAUUUCCCUAACCUGCAGAACCAUGGGAAUACUAUCCAUAGUGUUAGAGCUGUGGUAAGCAAAUCAGCUUUCACAUUAGAAAAGUCACACCUGAUGUGGUUGUCUAACAAGCAAGCAUGCUUGCAGGUCUGUACUGUUUCUCUUCUUUAUGUCUUUUACAUCUCUCUGGUUCCUAGGAGUGCUUUGUAUAUAGUGGCUACUCAAUUAUUUGUUGAGCCGAGUACAGAGUGCUCUCUGUAUAGUAAGUCAUCUAUUUCUUGAGCCGAAUUGAAUUUAAUUGUCAGAGUUAACAGUAUUUCUUGGGUCUCUUCCAGUAGCUCUUUCACCUCCAGCUCACUUGAGGGUAUGGUUGGACUGAAGAUUACUUCAAGAUUAUUUUCCCCAGUGCCUUGCUGUUACCGACUUGGGAAGCUAUGGAAAAGAAUAUUUUAGGAGAGUUGAAUGAUGAUUUAAUAUACCUAUCAUUUAAUAUAGCUUCCCACUUAAAUUGCAUUUUUCCUUCCACAAUUGACAUUCAGUGGACUUACAGGCUCUUCUUGAAUAUGCAUCUGAAAGGGGGGUGAAUACACUUUGGGGUAGCUCAGGUUUUUUCCAUAAUGUUUAUUUAUAUUCAGCUGAAAUGAAUAUAUUUUUGGCUUAUUCCCAUUGUGAUUAUAUAGGAAGAAUGAGAAUUUUUGUUUUACCCAAGAACUUUCUAUAUACCUUAGUAAAAGCAUUGUUUCUGUUCAGGCUUCUCUUGAUCUUGAACCAUUCUUGUAAAAUAUGGUUUUGAAGCUCAUCACCAACUUUUCCCUGACUGUGCUCUAAUAAUACUUCUUUUAAUGGUGCUCAGAGCUGAAUAAAAUGUUAUGUGUGUGAUAUGACUAGUAAUAGAUGAGAGCGAGACUAUCAAUCAUUUUCCCUUGGCUUAUAAACUAUUCUGCUAUUUACUCAGGCCAGAAAUAAAUUACAUAUUUUGGUAGUUAUAUUUUAUCCUUUAAUAUAUCGAGUUUAUUUUCAAUAAAUCUAUAUGUCUGUUUUACACCUGCUUAAUUUAUAUUCCUUCUCCAUAUAUGUACAAUGGUUUUUUAAAAACAAAUUUUACAUUGUUAUCUCCCUUCAACUUCAUCUUGUUAGAGUUGGCUCAGUUUUUCUAGCAUUUCUGAAACCUUUGUUCCAUUUCUAAUACAGUCAUUGAACUUUUGACUUCUGCAAAUGUGAUAUACAUUUUUUUUCAACUUCUAUUGUAGGUUCAGGGGCUAUAUGUGCAAGUUUAUUACUUGGGGAAAUUUCAAGACACUGAGCUUUGGGGUAGGAAUGAUCCCAUCACCCAGGUAGUGAGCAUAGUACCCAAUAGGUAGUUUUUCAACCCUCAUCCCCUUCCUUCCUCCCUCUAGUGGUCCCCAGUGUCUGUUGUUCCAGUCUUUAUAUUCACAUGUACCAAUGUUUAGCUCUCUCUUAUAAGUGAAAACAUGUGAUGUUUGGUUUUCUGCUCCUGAGUUAAUUUGCUUAGGAUAAUGGCCUCUACCUACAUCUGAGAACAUGAACAGAUGCUUCUCAAAAGAAGAUAUAUGUGUGGCCAACAAAGAUAUGGAAAAAAAUACUCAACAUCACUUAGCAUUAGAGAAAUGCAAAUCAAAACCACAAUGAGACACCAUCUCACACCAGAGCGGCUAUUACUAACAAGUAAAAAAAAAAAAAAAAAAAAACAGAUGUUGGUGAGGUUGCAGAGAAAAGGUAACACUUACAUACUGUUAAUGCUUAUUUUAUAACAUCUAAUUUGAUGUAAUCCAGAUAUUUGGAUUUGUCAGAUGAGAAUAAUUUUCUAAGCUUAUACUACAUAUUGGAUUAUAAAUUUUUUAAAGGCCUUCUGUUUACCCAUUUAGCAACCAAAGUAUAAUUUAAUGUAUGAUUAUUUGAUAGCAUUUACUUCAAGAAAUAUUACCAUUUGUAUUCCAUAACUACACUUAAAAUUUGGAAAGAUUUUAAUACAGAUACCUUUAGCAUUUGGGACAUAUUUUGCAGAGAGAUUUUCAAGAAUGCCUUUUAGUGGAGAUUUGUAAAAUGAAAGAUAAUAACUUUUGCGGUUUAGUGCAGUUCUGCCCAAGGACAAAUGAAUGAAUGGAUGACUUUUCAAAGUAAUCCUUACAGAGUUAUAAUUUGUGAUGCUUUCCCCAUCCUUAAUUAAUUGUUCUCUUUAACUACUUUCACAGUAAAGCCCAUCUACUCUCAGAGAUUAAACUAUCAUCCUUUUGCCAAGUAUUCCAAAAUAGAACUCUCCAAAUCUGGCCUUGUACCUUUUCUCCAGGAACAUGUACUAUGCUGCCUUUAAUGAGCCUUCUUAUUCUGGAUUUUCCAUAAAAAUUGAUACCUGAACAAUUUCAAAGGAAAAUCAUUAUCACCGUUUCUUAUUCCUUACACUGCUCAUCUCUUUUUUUGUUGUUGUUAUUGUUAAUGUCAUUGGUACCACUGCCUUCUUAUAUUUCCACUUUAUAGCCCUGUCUGUUUAAUAAAUGUUAAUUGAAAAAAAGACUAUCUGGAUUUUUUCUUAUACCUUAAUCACUAUUUCAUUUAGAAUCCAGUUUGUAUACUUCAUUCUUCACUGUCUUUUAAGAUACCUUCUCUGGGUAACCAGAUCACCUUUUUUCACUUCUUCCUUAGAAAGAUUACCUUCUUUUUUGGAAUCUUUCUGUGUAGUUUUAUUAUAUUCUCUAUGUGCUUUGAAUGAUAACUUUAGGUUAACUGAUAACUUAUGGAUACAGCCUCCUACCAUGGCUAAAAUUCCUUUCAUAACUAUCAAGGUAGCCUCUUCAAUUAUUAUAAAGUUCUGUGACUUAGAAGAUACUUCCUAAUUAAUGAGCCCCAAAAUCUUCCUAUUGAUCCUAUUGACAUAGGAUCAAAUGUCCACCAUUUGAUCCUAUGUCAUAUCUCUGUGGAAACACAGAAAUAAGUCUCCCUUUAUGAUGUAGCUCUUCUGGCAUAUGAAAACUACUGUUAUAUCUGCCUUCUCUUCUCAGAUUAAACAUCUUUAUUUCUUUAACACAUUGCUAAUUCAUUCAUUCAGCAAAUAUUUAUUGAGCAUUUUUUUUUGAGGCGGAGUCUCGCUCUGUCACCCAGGCUGGAGUGCAAUGGCACGAUCUCAGCUCACUGUGACCUCUGCCUCCCGGGUUUGAGCAAUUCUCCUGCCUCAGCCUCCAGAGUAGCUGGGACUACUGGCGUGUGCCACCAUGCCCGGCUAAUUUUUGUACUUUUAGUAGGCUCUGGGUUUGACCAUGUUGGCCAGGCUGGUCUCGAACUGCUGACCUCAGGCGAUCCGCCCGCUUCGGCCUCCCAAAGUGCUGGGAUUACAGGCAUGAGCCACCAUUCCCGGCCUAUUGAGCGUCUUUUACGUGCAAGUCAUUGUUUAGGUAUUUGGAAUCUGGUGAACAGGAAUGAUAAACUCUUUUCUCAUAGAGCUUACAUCCAAAUAGAGAUAAAAAGUAUUCUAGAUUAAGAAGUCAGCAAGUAAAACAAAAUAAGAUAAUUUCAGAUUAUGAUUAAUGCCAUGAAAAGAAUAGAACAGGACAUCAGGAUAGAGAAGUGAUAGAGAUGGGAGGCAGCUUCUCCAUGAACUUUGGUUUACAAAUAUCUCAUCAGUUUGGUUGCCUUCCACCACAACAACAUGCACGGACUUGGCACUUUUAACGUUCUUAUGGUGAAAGACUUCUGAUCUGCUAAUGUCCUCUGUGUACAUAGGAAAGUAUGGAGCUUCUUAGUUAUGUGGGAGAUGAAGCUGUCUGAACUACAUCAGUGAGGGAACUAUUAAAGAAGGAGACACAAAAAUUUAGACCUUUUGCAGUUAUUGUUAGACGCAGUAUUCUCUUGCUCACUGUGCUCUAACAGUGGGAUGAGUAGUUGCCAUAUUUGGACAAUGUACUUCCUUUAGUGCAGCUCCACAUGUAAUCAGCUGUUCCAACAACAGGUCACUCUAGCUUUAUAGUGAACUUAUUUAGGUCUAGAUCUCACUUGUUUCGAACUUGGAAAAUCAGUUUAUUGAACACAGUUGCAGGGCUUUGCAGUUAUUCCUUACUUACUCAGCACUUCCUUCUACUUUAAUGUGAUCUUUUCUAAUGUUUUUAAUAGAUUUAGAAAGCUUACGUUCCCUGUUGUCUUUAAAGUUAGCAAAAAUGAUGUAAACAGAAGAGUACCUAGGCAGAACUUACUAAAAAGCUUUCUUCUAAAUUGAUUUUUCUUUAUUUAAUUAGCACAUUUUGAGUAAGGCCAUAUGUCUACCUCAAACUGUACCUGAACGUGUUAAUAUCUAGUUCCCAUUUUUUCCCUGUUGUUUCAAAUAUUUUAUAAAAUGUUUGCUAAAGAGAGUGAAGCAUAGGCUGGGCAUGGUGGCUCACGCCUGUAAUCCCAGCACUUUGGGAGGCUGAGGCAGGUGGAUCGCUUGAGGUCAGGAGUUUGAGACCAGCCUGGGCAACAUGGUGAAACCCCAUCUCUACUAAAAAUACAAAAACUAGCCAGGCGUGGUGGCACACCCUUAUGAUCCCAGCUACUCAGGAGGCUGAGGUAGGAAAAUUGCUUUAACCUGGAAGGUGGAGGCUGCAAUGAGCCAGGAUCAUGCCACUGCACUCUAGUCUGGGCGAGAGAGUGAGACUUUAUCCACAGCCCCCCCACUCCCCCCCCCCAAAAAAAGAGUGAAGCAUAAUGGUUUAGCCUGCCCUCUAGAGUCAAACUGAAAUUUUUAUUCGUCACUUGUUACCCGUGUAAUACUGGGCAUGUUACCUAACCUCUCUGACUGUUGGUUUCCUAAUAAUUGUAUUGGCUUUAUAGGGAUAUGUGAGAUAAUGAUAUAUAAAUCACCCCUCACAGUGUCUGGCAUAUAGAAAAGUCCAAUAAAUGUUAGCAAUAGCAGCUGUAGUCAUUGUUGUUCCUGGCUCACAGAAAUUAAAUAUAGUCUAUUUUGGGCUUUCCAGAUCUUAAAAACCCUUUAAGGGCAUGUGCACACACACAAAUAUAUACACAGCUAGUUUUCUGCCAUUUAUUCUUAGGGAUGGACACAGUAAAAACAUCUUUAUUUUUUAAAUCUUAUAUGCCAUCUGUCUAGAAUUUUACUAGAUGAAGCAUCAAUGUUACCAUCUCUGAAAUCCAUAUGUUCUUAUUGAAAGCUUAAAAUGUGUCUUCUCUGUAGUCAUUUAUCAUCUUUUCAGGAGUCUACAGUUUCUCAAAGAUUAAUAAUACUACGAGAUCUUCUAGUAGCUACUUUGAUAUUUCUUUGUUUGAGCCUAGUUAAAAAUAAGACAUGGGCAUGAGAGGCUGCAAAUAAAGUUGAGAAUUGCCUGGGUGUUUCACUUAGCCGUGAUUCUCAGGUCUUUGUUAGACAAAGAGUAAAAUUAGCUAUACCAGGGAAGAGAAAUAACAUUUCUACUAAAUAAAUGUAAAAGUAACCACUAAUAAAUACUAAAUAACAAAGCUACUGUAUGACAAGUACUGUAAAUUUAUAUCAUAUAUUAAUGUUAUAUAAUAUGUCUAAUCCUUUUAGCAACUCAUUUUCAUAGGUGGGAAAAUUGAGCAUCAGUAUUUAAAUAUCUUGGUUAACACACUUCUACUAAGUGGUAGAAUCUAUAGAAUUUGAAUCCAGUUUUGUCUGACACCAAAACCGUGUCCUUUCUACCUAAUAUAUGCUACCUCCUCUACUAUUUGGCAGUUAACAUUAUACUGACAUGUAUAUUAAACUGAAACUAUAUAAAGAGAAGCUAAUAAAGGCUUUUUUGCUAUAGAAGAUACUUCUAGAGUCAGAGAAUUGAUGAGGAUCCAUGAGUAAACUCGGCAAAUUUCCCUCAAUAGGAAAAUGUUAGCAUUUUAGAAAUAUUAUAAAAUCAUGAAAUCUUAGGGUUGGAAGAAACCUUCUUGAUUAUGAGUUUUGUUUUCUGGCCACAUAGCAAUUAUAUAUGUGGGAUUAUAUUAUAAAGAAUUUUAUUAUUGCUGUAUCUGUAAUAUUUUGAGAUUUAAGUUAAAUUGUUGCUUUUGUUUACUUAUUUAUUUACCUCACUUUGUAUUUUAACAGUUUAUUUUGUGUAGUCUAAUGGUUACACAAACAUUUGUGUGUAACCAUUAGGAUAAACAAAUAGAGAUUUCAGAAUUCUUCCACAUGUAAGAGAUGCCCUAGUGCUCUAAUUUAUAAUAGAGGGACUGUUAUGGCUUAUACCAAAAUACUAGAAGAGAGUUUUGCUUGCAAAACGUGUAUACAAAUAGGCUGAUUUCAUAUUAAAUAAUUCUACUUUAUUAUAAUAAUUCAUCCUGAUCAUUGUUCAAUAAUGAAUUCACAUUCUACCUUGGUUUUGUGAUUGUGCUGGUGUUGUAGUACAAAUUAUAGUUAUUAUGCACUUCAAAUUUAAAUGUUAUUGAUGAAGUAAAAUUAAACACAUUCCAUAUGACAGCGUGGGCAGAUAUUUUUGUGUAGUAUGAAACAGUGAAUUUCAAAUAGUAGUUAAUUUCUUAAACCAAUAUUAAGCAUUAUAUCCCUAAAGAUAAAAAAGUUUAAACCCAGAGAAGAAAUCAUAGACACUACAUCUGUAUCUACCUCUUCUCUCUUUCUCUCCCUCUCUCUCUCUCUUUCUCUCUCUUUCUCUCUCUGUAAAAUCAUUCCAGUUUCUUCUGCUUAGAACGGUAAGUUCCAUGGGGCAGGGACUUUGUCACUUUCCCCACUGUGUUUCUACCACCUAGUGCAGGAUGCCAUACAUGGUAGAUGUUCAGUAAAUAUUUGGGGGCAGACUGUGUUGGCUUUGCAGAUAAUUGUUAUACUAAAAAUGAGGGGAAUAUUUUUUCUUUUGAGUAGAUUACACUGCUAAUCAUUUCAGAGUUUUGCUUGAAUAUUUCUGAGGGUUUAUGUUUUUUCCCCCUCUGAAUUUCUAGAUGCCAUUAGCAAAAUGUUUCAUACAAAAGUUAACUGAAUGUUUAUAUUUGUGGUAAGUAUAUGCUUAUGUGUAUUUAUGUUCAUGUCUUUUUAUCUAUUAAUAGAAAAAUGUGGCUGUUACUGUAUUUUGUCUCCCAUCAAUUGCUAAGGGUUAGGUAACUAUUGCUUUGAUUUAUAGUCCCAGGUAAUAGGUUUAAAUCUUUGUGCUUAUAUAUAAUUGUAUAUGAAUAUAUUGCUGACAAGGGAAAUUAUUUUGGUUAUCAAAUAUCAGAAAGUUUCAUAUUAUUGCCUGUAUCUUUCUGGUAACAAGGCCACUAUUUUCUAGUAAAUCAGGUAUUUUCUCUGAUGUGAAUUAAUCCUUUAAGCCACUAAUCCAACAUUUCUCAGAAGUAUAAACGUGGACAGUUUACAUCAGAUUCACUGGUAAUGCUUAUUAAAAUUAACAGAUUUUCAGAAACUACCUUAGUCCUCCUAAAUCAGAAUAUCUAGAAUGUGAGUCUCUGAAUUUGUGACAAGCUCUGCAUAUGAUUUCUCUGCAAUCAGAAGUUUGAGAAUCAUAGUAUGAAACUUUCCUGAAAGUGUCUUUGCCCUUGGGAGGGGUUCCAUCCUGGAAGCUCUACAGAAGAAAUCCCUAACUAUAAGCUCUCUGCCCAUUUAAGUUCCAAAGUAGUCAGUCUUAAGACACUGAUUGUGUCAGUUUGAAUUACAGCCAAAGGUACAUUAUUUCCAAAAGCUGUUGGACUGGAACAAAACAAGAACAUCAAAAUUGCUCACUAGACCAAUAUUGAAAGCAGACAAAAUUGCACUCAGUUCCAGUUCCUGACAACAUCCCAGGAAAUGUCUCAGCUGCCUUCAUCGGGGAUUGUCACUGCCAAAAAUGCUUUACCCCUUUAAAGCCUCGUGAGGAACUAGGCACUCUAGAACUGAGCUGACUGGAGGAAACAAAAAAAAAGUUCUACUUUUUUCAGGUCUACAAGAGCAGAGCUUUCUCUGGUACUAUGAGAAUUUCAGCCUAAAAAUUCCUUGUAUAUGAGAUCUUGACCAUAUGAUCAAAUCCUCUCUACAGCCAUGAUCCAUCUUGAAUAUUUUACCACUUGCACAGGGCUACUACUGCAUUUGGCAGGGUACCGAAUACAUCUCCCCAUCUCACAAUGUCAUUCCAUGUAUCAAUCCAUCUUUUUCUCACUUCUCUGUCAUCAGCUAUAAACUGAUUUUGAAUUUCAGGGUUUAAAUCAGGAACUCUUACUUUCUAGCCCCUCAAAAGCCAGUUUAGAAAAAAUGUAAUUUUACAUAUGUACAUUCUAUGUAAAUUUGUUUGUAUCAGAGAAGUGGUAAUGCUACCUUUUAUAUACAAAGGUGAUGAUACUGAAUUAAAUUUUCAGAAGUAAUGAUGAGUUUUUAUUCAUGCAUCCAUGUUGUAAUCUCUGGCCUUCCUUGAAUUCAGGGGCAUUCUAAAAUGCAGUGUUUUGGCCUAGCACAGUGGCUCAGGCCUGUAAUCCCAGCACUUUGGGAAGCUGAGACAGGUGGAUCACCUGAGGUCAGGAGUUCGAGACCAGCCUGGCCAACAUGGUGAAACCCCGUCUCUACUAAAAGUACAAAAAUUAGCUGGAUGUGGUAGUGGAUGCCUGUAGUCCCAGCUACUUGGGAGGCUGAGGAAGGAGAAUAGCUUGAACCUGGGAGAUGGACGUUACAGUGAGCCAAGAUGGCGGCAUUGCACUCCAGCCUGGGUGGACAGAGCAAGACUUUGUCUGUCUGGAUAAAAAAAAUCAAAAUAAAAAAUAAAAUACAGUGUUUAGUUAGAGAACAGACCAUACCAAUUAAUUUUUACAUAAAUUAAAUCCAUGACUUGACUGGCAUUUUGCCCUAGCCAAAUUAACUAACCUCAGAAGUUGGAUUUUGCCUCUGUGUUUCAUAUUCUCAGUCAAGAAUUAAGAGUACUGACAUUACGUAUUAAGCUUUUUUGUAUCCCCUGGGGUAACUAACUAGCAUGGUGGCUUAUACAUUGCAGGUAUUUAGAAAAAAAAACACACUUUGAUUUAUUGAUAUUGAUUAUGUUUCAAUACAAGGGCAGUUCAGCUACUUUGCAUGGAUUUCUUUGGGAAGGAUUUACUAUGAUUUCUAUUUAUAUAUUCUUGUAUGUUUUUGUGUUUGAGUUCAGUCAUACUUAUCACUUACCCAUCUUCUUACUGAAGCUCCCUUUUGAUCGAAUGUGAUUAUUGCAUUGAUGGUAUAUUAGUUGUUUUGAAGAAUUAGUAUUUCUUUCUAAUUCAAGCCUAUGAUGUGCCUCAGGCUGGUGAUAAAAUGAUGGUAUUAAGACAAUGUUCAUCCCCUUCAACAGGGAAAGUAAAACUAUUCAGCUUGCUUUUGAAUACCCAGUAUACCUGUUAGUAAUUUAUUUAGGAAGGUAAUAGUCUCUUCAUAUAUUAGAAAUUUUGCCACAUUAAACAAAAUCUUAGAAAAGUCAGUAUUUAUCAGAAUUUAAUAUUAGGAAAUUGUUUUUCAAAUGAAUUGAACAUAUCCAAAUCAGAGCUAAAUACUGCCACAAAUAGCUCUAAUUUUUUCACCUUCAAGCAAACCACAUUGAGGUGUUAGCUAUUGGCUCUGAAGUAGUUGUUCUAUAUACUGUAGGUGUUGGAGGCCCCUCCUUGGCGGACUUUGAAACAGUAGAAACUCAUAAUGAUUGCAUUCUCUUAGGAAUCUUACUUAAUCUGGCUGCAGCAUGCAGAAUUUAUUGCAGGAGUCAGACCAGAUAGGAGACUGUUAUGGACUGAAUGCAUGUGUGUCCCCCUCUCCUGGCGUUCUUAUAUUGAACCCAUAAUCCCCAAUGUGACUAUGAGGAGGUGAUAAAGGUUAGAUGGGGUCAUAAGUGUGGGGCCCUGAUUGGAUAGGGCUGAUUCCAUUAUAUGAAGAGGAAGAGACAUCAGAGCUCUCUUUCUCUACAAUGUGAAGACACAAUGGAGAAGUGUGUAAUGCAUGGUAUGUAUAAGCCACCAUGCUAGAGAAAGUGGCUGUCUGCAAGCCAGGAAGAGUCCGCACCAGGAAUGGAAUCAGCCAGCACCUUGAUCUUGGACUUUCCAGCUUCUAAAACUGUGAGAAAUAAAUUUCUGUUGUUUAAGACACCCAGCUGUAUGUUUUUGUUGCAGCCAGGGCAGACUGAGACUGAGACAGAGAACACUGUCAUAAUCUAAGCUUGAGGUGGUAAGGAGUGUGGCAUCAGGAAAGACAGCAAUGAGACGGGUAUAGUGGGAAAGGAAAGAAAAUGGUAUAAGAGAAGAGUCCAUGGGACCUAGUGGCUGACAGCAUGUGGGGCGAAGGAUGACGUAUAUUAUUUGUAUUUCCCAAAGUGGGGAAAAGUUUUUUAACUCCAGUUUUGUUGAGGGUUCUGCCUUCCAGGCGCCCAGGUUUGGUGAUUUGCUAGGACUAACAGGACUCAGCAUAUAGUCCUCAUUGCUAUAUUUAUUACAGUGAAAAUACAUGAAGCAAAAUCAGUAAAGGGAAAAGGCACAUGGGGCAAAGUCUGGAGGAAACCAGGCACAUAAUUCCGAAUCUUCUCCCAGUUAAGUUGCACAGGAUGAGCUUAAUUACUCCAGUAUCAAGUUGUGAAAGUAUGGUGAAGUGUUAUGUGCCAGAGAAGCUUGCUUGAGCCCAGGAGUUCAGGGUUUUUAUCCAGAGCCCGUCACAUGGGCACCCUUUGCCUAGAAUAUACCAAAAUUUCAGACUCUCAGAAGGAGUUUAACAUGAAUCACAUUGUUUGUACAACAGUUUAGGUACAAUAAACCACACUUAUCAGGGAAUAAUGGCAACUGUGCUGAAAUUCAAGUUUCCAGUUGCCAGCAAAGGGCUAACCUUUCAAGCAUUUCAUUCUAAGAAUAGCAGUCUCAGACCUACAAUGUUAACUGUUUUUUGCACAGUAAUAUUUUAAACUAGAAAGGGAACAUUAAAUAUAUGUCACUCUGUUUUUCUUAAUGAAGUUUAUGCAUAAUAGAAACACAUUUUAACCCUAAUUAUUGUCUUCAGUUGGCCACACAAAAGGAUAUUUUUGAGAAGUGUUAGGAAGAGAAAAACAGCUCUGAAUACAAUGAAAUGUUGCCAUGCGUUUAAAGUCAGCCACGGAACAUAAUUUUAGGUUAUAUUCUCCGAUAGAGUAAGAGUUAUGCACACAGUAUCUUUAGUAAUAAAUACCUGGAGAGCUCAAAGAGGUAAGAUGUCUUUGCUGAAAGCACCAUCUCUUGAUGACAUAGGAUCUCUGUAAACCUUGCUGGUGUGCAGAAUUCCUCAUAUGUCAGGUGCACAAUCCCAAAGCUUUCCUACUUUGUACUUCAGGUUCAAAGAGAUUUUUAAAGCAGCAUCUUAUUUUCUUGAUUUUGGUAUAGCAUCUACUGCCCAGAGCACUAGACAAGUCUCAGUUGGAAGUGGGAAGUAGAAAUAGCAUAGGUUCAGGAGCUUCCAGAAAACAGGAUGCCCUGACAGUGUUUUCCUCUCCUAUACCACGUGUGGCCCUUUCUUUCCUUGAGAUGUUACCUUAGAGGUUUCUCUUGCUAGUUAAUAGAAAGAUAGUUUUGGGGCAGACCACAAAUUCUAGGUAUGGUUUGAGGUAAGCAUAAUUUGGCACAUAUAAUUACAUUAUGUUAAACUUUAAAAGUUCUCAAACUUUAUUUUAAUGCCAACCACAUCUUGUUUAGAAUCCACAUAUGUAAAACAUGUAAAAGCUCAGCUGCUGAGCAGGUUGAGCUGAAGUAAGCUGAGGAGUCCUGCAAUCAUUCGCCCCUAAAGCUCCUGCAGAGAAUCUUACAAGUUCUUGGAGAUUGCUUCUCCCCUCUAACUCCCUUGUAGUAGAGAUGAGAAAAUGAAUGAUCAGGAAAUUAAUCUAUAUCAAUUAGUUCUUUCAAGUCUUUACAAACCCUUUUCUAGAACUUCUUUGACUAACCCCAUUUUCUCCUGUAGCUGUUCCUGUAACGUUUUAUAUAAACAUAGUGCUUAUCAUUUUGUUUUAUACAUAAAUGUUUGUGUUGUCUCCCUCAGAGUCCCUAACCUCAGUCUAUUUUUUAAAAUUAAUUUUAGAUCCUCAGUGCUUAAUGUAAUCCUAGUAUAUAGUAGGUAGUUAAUAAAUACUGCAUUAAAAUGAAUAAAUUUAUUCAAUACUUUCCUUGGAAAUUAUUUAUUCAAUUUGUAGUAUCAUUUUGCAUUCUUGAUAUCUGAAUUUCGAAUGGUUCUCUGUUAAUUUCUGAGGUCGUUUAUUUAUUCAACUACAUUGUCAGCUUUUUAAAAAUCUUUAUUGCCUAUUCCCCAACAUAAAACCCACAAUAAUAGGAGUAUUUUGGCUAACCAAAGAGAAUUCCAUAGAAAAUGUCAUGAUAACUGUAGCUUUACUUCCUUCUUACUACCUCUCAAAAUAUUCCUGAUGUCAACUAGUAAGAGUGCUCUGCUGUUUCUUUUAUGAGGCCAGUAUGUAAAGAAGCAGUGUAUAACUGAAAUAAAAUAAAUUUGUCUCCAGGAUCUACCACUUACUACCUAUUGACCAUGGUCAUAAUAUUGAACCUCUAUUAUUAUUAUUAUUAUUAUUAUUAUUAUUAUUAUUAUUAUCAUGUUUGUGAGAUGGAGUCUCGCUCUGUUGCCAGGCUGGAGUGCAGUGGCACGAUCUUAGCUCACUGCAACCUCCGCCUCCCGGGUUCAAGUGAUUCUCCUGCCUCAGCCUCCAGAGUAGCUGGGACUACAGGCGUGCGUCACCAUGCCCAGCUAAUUUUUGUAUCUUUAGUAGAGACAGGGUUUCACCAUGUUGGCCAGGAUGGUCUCCAUCUCUUGACCCUGUGAUCCACCUGCCUCUGCCUCCUAAAGUGCUGGAAUUACAGGCAUGAGCCACUGCACCUGGCCUUCUGAUUCUUAUUUCUGUCAUCUGUAAAGCAGGGAAAGUAAUAUCUGCCUUAUGAUAAGUAAAGGAAGAACAUAUUGUGUGUUUUAAUGUAUGAUUAUAUUAAAUGUAAUGUAUGUUACAAUAAAUAUUUAAAUAUUAA